AGGCUAUUCCAAACGUAAAACCAAAUGAACCCCUUUUGGCUUUCUCAUGAAAUAUUAUUUGUAGCCAAAUAUAUGGGAGAAAAACAAAACAAAACAAGCCCAACCAAACCGCAAAAAGUUAUAGCCAGUAACGAUAAAUAUACUAGGUCGACAAUUCAUUAAUUGCUUGUUACGCAUUUCAGUGUUAUUGUUCGUUGCUUGCCUCCCUCUUCUCAGUCCUCACUACUUAUUCAAUUAAAGAUUCUGCCUGCGCUACGAAAUGCCUGAACCAUCAUGGUUUCUUUCACAACUGCUUCUAAUCGUUUAUUUGCCUCCCCUUAUUCCGCUACUGAUUUGAAUUUGCAUACAUUUCCUUCCUGGGUUUCUGUUUCUAACCCGAGAACCAGACCCAGAAAGCAGGAGAUGGGUAUUUCUUUUAAUCUUGCUGUGGUGGCAAAAGAGAGGGGAAGUGGUUGUUCUUUUUUGGGCUUUGUUGACGUCAGGAAAAGGAAUUACCGGGGUUCUUGUUGUUUUAGUUUGCAGAAAGACUGGCAGAGUGAAGGAGAUUUGGGUUUGGAAGCUGAGAUUUUGGAGUUUAUGAAGAGUUCCGAGAAUCCUGAGAGGUUUCCUACCAAGAAACAGUUAAUGGAUGCGGGAAGGAUGGAUCUUGUUGAAGCUAUUACGAAACAAGGUGGGUGGCUCACUUUUGGUUGGGAUUUGGAUGAUGAAGAACAUAAAGUAGAUGGAAAUGAGGUUAAAGAUUGGAAAUUUAAGAAUGUUGAAGACUACAAAAUUUGUUCUGUUAAAGACUGGGUUGAGAGUGGUGAAAAGGAUAGUGCUUUGGACGGCAAUAAAGUUAAUAGAUUUAGCGUUUCAUCUUUUGCUGUUAGUUCCUCUGGUCCGGCUUCCUCAUCUGGUAGAUCAUUAGACGCUACAGCCGAGGAAGAUUCUGGGGUUGAGGGUAUACUAAGCCGGCUAGAAAGAGAGAGGAAUAUUAAGUUUGCGUUCAAUUCCAGGGAGAAAGCGAAAGCUCCUCCUAUCCGAAGUUAUGAUCAUGAAGAUGAAUGGCUUGUGAGAACAUCAAAAAAACUGGCAGUUGCUGAUCUUGGAAGAAGCAGUAAACCUGCAUCAUUAAGCUCUGGUGAAGGCAUAAUCAAUAAUGCAAAGGGAAAGCCGUCUCUCUCAGACCUUAAAGGGAUAGGAAACUCACUUAAGCCCGGAAUGUGGAGAACUUGGAGCUCUCAAAGGGCAGGAAUUUCAAACAUGGAACUCAAAGCUGCUGAAGCUGUCUCCAAGGAGGAAGGACCAAUGAAUGCUUCAAGGGAUGGAACACUUGAAGUAAAAGAGCACUGCUGUGAACAUUCAAAUGGGCAGAAAGUAGGACUUAGUAGCAAUCAAAUAAAAAGUCGCCUUAAACAAAUGAGAUCUGAGCUUUCAUCUGUUCUUCACUCAUUGAGAUCUAAUACUGGUCAAGUUGUGUUACCAAAGGGUUAUGAAAACUCCUCUGAGGAUUUGCAGAAGCUUUCUGAUGCUUUGGAGUUCCAAGAAAAUGAGAUCAUGAAUGCCAAAGAUAGGUUACGGUCAGUACAUGCUAAAUUGGCAGUGCUAGAAGGAAAGAUGACCCUAGCAAUGAUUGAUGCUCAGAAGAUGGUUAAAAUGAAACAAAAAAGGAUUGAUGAUGCUCGUAGAGAUUUACAGCUUAUUCGUACUACUUGUAUAGUCUGGCCUAAUUCCGCCUCAGAGGUGCUCUUGGUUGGAUCGUUUGAUGGUUGGUCUUCAAAGAGAAAAAUGCAGAAGUCUAGGACAGGGAUUUUUUCAGUAACCCUGAAUUUGUAUCCGGGGAAAUAUGAGAUCAAGUUCAUUGUUGAUGGUGAGUGGAGGAUUGAUCCCCUACGUCCUAUCAUUCACAAUGGCGGAUAUGAGAAUAACGUCCUAAUGAUCAUGUAGAAACUCAUCAAGCAUGCAAUGCCGAAGUGAGCAAUAGAAACAUUUUAUACUGUGAAUACAAAGAGUGCUGCAACUUCCUUCUUUCUUACCCAAUAUACUUGUAAACAUAUUAUCUGGGUAGCUGAUGCUAAUCUUCUCACGACUUUCUUACCCAAUAUUCUUGUAAACAUAUUAUCUGGAUAGCUGAAGCUAAUUUUCUGAGGAUUCUCUUACGUGGAAGGAUUUGCAGAUGACACA